CAGCCUGCAGAAAAUAAUUUCUGAAUACUUCCAAACAAAUUUUGUUACACAACUACCUACCAAUUGUUUUUGGAUUUAUUGUGAAUUUUUAUGACAACUGAUAACAUUUUUUAUUUUUAUUUUUUAUCACUUUCUAUUCUAUCCUUAACUACCAAGGACUAUUAGUAAUACCGCUACACCGUCAUACCAAAACAACAACUGUUGAGCGUGAAGUGUGAACUUGCUUUUUGUCAAUUAUCGUAUUAUUAUCAUUAAUUUAACAAUACAAUAGUUCAUUACAGUUUAAUCUCUUUUAAAGUUAUUACGAUUAUAAUUUUCAUCACGCUUGAAGCRAUUAUUUAAUUAAUAUAUUGAUCAAUAUCCGCCAACUUCAAGUUACUUCCAAGUCCUUUCAUUGGACUUAUAUUUCUAAUUGAAAGUGUGACCACACCCAUCGAAAAUAGGCCUAUCCGAUACUGCAGUCAUGGACAUGAUGAUUUCCAAUCUGCAACAGCAACGGCAGAUAACGGAACAGCUUCGCCGAGAAGCAGCUGUGAAACGUAUACCCGUUUCACAAGCUAUWCAAGACAUUAUAAAGUAUAUCAGAGAACGAGAAUUGGAAGAUUGUCUUAUGGUUGGUUUUUCAUCACAGAAAGCUAAUCCAUUCAGAGAGAAAAGUAGUUGUGUAGUUAUUUAAGCUUAUGUAUUAUUUAAAAGUUAAAACUGCUUACAGUUAAUAUCGAAGUUGAAAGAAAUGAAAAAUAAAAUAUUUUCUACUAUACCUACUAUAUUAACAAAUAUGAUCAAUUAUUAUUUUAACUCCUCCAUUACAAUUUUUUUUUUUUUAUUGAUUAGUCAUGUACCAGUGAAAAAUUACUAUCUUAUAUAAUAUGUAAUAAACGAUUCAUUUUUUUUUUUAAGUAAUAAAAUGUUU